UACAGAUUUUCUGCACUCGAAGUCCGGUGUACUAGUAAUUGUUGCUAAAGUAAUUAAUUGACGAUAAAACAAAAGAAAAUGGUUGUCAAAGCUGUUUGCGUUAUUAAUGGUGAUGCCAAGGGCACGGUUUUCUUCGAGCAAGAGUCGGAGAAGUGCCCCGUUAAGGUUACCGGCGAGGUGACAGGCCUAGCCAAGGGUCUGCAUGGCUUCCAUGUGCACGAAUUUGGCGACAACACAAAUGGCUGCAUGUCGUCUGGCCCCCACUUCAAUCCCCAAGGCAAGGAGCAUGGUGCACCCACUGAUGAGAACCGCCAUUUGGGUGAUUUGGGCAACAUAACUGCCACAGGCGAUGGCCCCACUGCAGUGGACAUUUGCGAUUGCAAGAUUACACUGUUCGGUGCCAACAGCAUCAUUGGACGCACUGUGGUAGUACAUGCGGAUCCCGAUGAUUUGGGCAAGGGCGGACACGAGCUAAGCAAGACAACUGGAAACGCUGGCGCUCGCAUUGGAUGCGGUGUCAUUGGCAUUGCCAAAAUCUAAGAGGGGAAAGUAGAAGCAUAAAGCAUUUAUAAAGAAAUGCAUACAUUCAUAUAUUAUUAUACUAACGGUGUAUUGUUAGUUAUUUCAGUUAACCUUGAAGGUUUAAUAAAAA